GAAUGAUUGGAGCUAUAGUGAAAUGAUGGAAGAGAUCAAAGGGUUACUGAUAUGUUAUCCUUAACUAGUAUACGGACUAGAACUUGGUUGAAUAGUCUUUUAUGACGUUUCAGAGUAUAAUUAUAACUUGGUACGUUUUCAAUCAAGUUUAAUACGGGAAGGAGUGAUGUUCGACACGUUAUACACGAGCUUGAUCUAGUUCCAAUAAGCUCAGCAAAUUCACUACAGAAUAUUUAUGAAAACAUGCUCAGAGCCUCAGAGUAUAGUGGACGAUAUUAUGGGCAUCUUGGUUUGACCAAGCUGGAUACUGAUAAUGUUAAAUAUAUCAUGAGUUCAUGGAGCAGCUUGAAGGUUAAUUCAUGGAUUUGGUAUCUUGUCAAAAAGAAAGAUCGACAGUUGAAUACUCGUCAAACUUGAACUAUCACUUAUUACUUGAUCAACUCCAACCUAGAUGAGGUGAGCUGAAUAAUUUAUAUUGACUCAUGAGCUGAAGGGGCUUAUACAUCAUUGACAGUAACGUCCUAAUAAUAGAUCUCGACCAUUGGUCUUGAUCUAUAACUUAGAAGCUUUAUCCUCUGAGUGGAA